UCCCGCCGGGAAAAGGCCGCGUUCAGCUCUAGGCUGUGAGAAGUCAGCUCCUUCUCCCCGCUUCCCUGUCGCUGCUGCAGCUCGGGGGUUCUAGGGGUUUAUGCCAGCGAGGAGGGGAGCUGCCUGUGCUGAAUACUUGCCAGAAAUCUCCAAAGAUGCCAAGCAGGAACUCUUGAAUGAGUGUGAGAGUAUUUGGAAGCAGAUGGAAGAGUGUCAGAGCAAGUUACAACUUCUAGGAACAGAAACGCUGUUAAAGUCAGAGGCUAAGCACUCCUUGUUAACGAUGCAAGCAAAAGCUUUAUCAGCAGAAUGCAGUGAAUGGCAGCAAAGUCCUGAAAUAACUUCUGCCAAUCCAGAGGUACUGCUAGCAUUAGGAAUGGAAGAGUUGCAGAAAGUAAAGAAUAAUCUUGAAAUGAUGCUGUCCACAGCUCAGUUAAAGAAUAAACGUCUGGAAGAAGAUCUGAAACGAGAGCAGCAGUGGUAUGAUGAACAGCAGAAGAUGCUAAAUACUCUUAAUGGAAUUGAAGAAGAGACAAAAACUCAAGCUAAAGAACUUUCCAAAACAAGUUUCAAUGGUAGGCUAUUAUAUGAAGUGCAAACUCAAGCACUGAAAUUGAAGAUGUAUAAGGAAGACAUUUUGAAUGCUCUGGGUGACUUCCUAUCACAACACUUCCCCCUUCCAGAGAAAGGCAGAAAUGCUAAAAACAGUAAGAUUUCUUCUGAACAGCCAGAUGUAGAACUGGUAACACUGCAGGAACUUUUAGAGAUUCUUAUAAACAAGUUAAUGAGCACACCACAUGAACCCUACGUAGCAAUCAAGGACUCAUUCUGGCCACCUUAUAUUGAGCUGCUGCUGCGAUAUGGAAUUGCCAUGAGACAUCCAGAAGAUCCAAACAGAAUACGCCUGGAAGCCUUUUACGUGUAGUGUGGCAUACACACUUACUUUAUAACAAAAUGAACCAGUACUCUUCCUUGGGAGCUAAGAUACACUUAGGAAAAAAUUUUAUAAAACAAAUCAGCACCCUCUUUUUUGCUGGAUGUUUUUUUUAAGCUGCUUUACUGUGAUGCAAAUGUAGGUAAUAGACAAAGAUGUUUAGCAGUCCUUUUAAUUUUUAAAAUGUUCUAUACAUUACUUUUCUCUUUUGUGUUAAUGCCUUGAAUUGCUUUAACUCUUCUCAGUUUCCUUUAGUAUUUUAUUGCUCUGCAGAGGCAAAGUUUUAAGUAACUCAGGCCUGCUGUACAUUGUGGUGCAGAUACUUGGAACUAACAGUGAAGCAGCAUGUCAAGGAUGUGCUUGGUUUUUUUUCCAGAGCCUUUGCAAACAAAUGUAUUUGUUUUAAGAUAAACACUUAGGAAAUCUGACACAUCUUUCUGUAAAAAGGGCUGCAGAUGUUGACUGUGCAGCUCUACAACUGUAUGCUUUCUAAACAGCUCAUACUGUUUUAUGCUGUAUUGUCCAACAGUAUCUUUGCUUUGAUCUAAUUUAUCAAGGUUUAUAGUAGAUCUCUGCUUUCUUGAUUUUGUACAGUUUCUAAAUUGUCAAUUUAGUUACCUUCUGAAUAAAUGAGUUAUCCUAA